GACCCGCGAGUAGCAACGCUGCUCCGACUCUUCCGCUGGUCCACGCUACGCUUCUCAGUCAUUGUGCCAAACACGCGUCGCUCGUUACGUUACGCUACGCCGGUACUCCCGCGAUUACGCUGCUCACUGCGCACGCUCCACGGUGCAUUACGCCUUGCCCCUCUUCCCUGUACCUGACCUCGUGACACCCGUAACCCACAGCCUGGUGACCCUCGGACAUGGGUGUAGAGGACAACAAUGCUGCUGAACUGAAGCCGUUAUCAGGUGGAGAGGUCCAGCCCCGCGUGAUCAAGAUGGCGCCGCAAACUCGAGGCCAGAAAGUGAGAAAAUGUAUAACGAACAACCUCCUGACAAUGCUGACUGUAGGGGGAGUUGUGGGCGGAGGUGUCAUCGGCUUCACCCUUCGGGCGUCCAAACCCAUAUGGACACCGAGAGAAGUGAUGUACGUUCAGUUUAUCGGAGAGAUCUUCCUGAACAUGCUGAAGGGGCUGAUCAUCCCUCUGCUCGUUUCCUCGAUCGUCUCGGCCAUCGGCUCUCUGGAUCUCUCGCUCUCCAGCAAGAUCGGGUUCCGCGCCAUAGCCUACUACGUGGCCACCACUUCCCUGGCCGUGUUCCAGGGCAUCGUGCUGGUCUCCGUGAUCCAGCCAGGACGUUACAGCGGCAAUGAAAACAUCACCCGUAAGGGCACCUCCAGGAACGUUACCACAGCCGACACCCUCAUGGACUUGGCCAGGAGCAUGUUCCCGCCAAAUCUCGUCCAGGCCUGUACUCACCAGUAUCGGACGGUACUCACUUUCGACGACAGUGAAAACCACAAGGUAGCAGACGUUCUGAAACAGGACCCCAAAAAUCUGUACACCUGGACCAUAAGCAACGAAUUCACCGAAGGGUCCAACGUACUCGGAUUGGUCGUAUUCGCUGUGGUCCUCGGCAUUGCGAUUGGCCGUAUGGGCGAAAUGGGCAAACCCUUGCUCAAGGUAUUCGAGUCUCUGGGGGAGGCCAUGAUGGUCAUCACCAACUGGGUUAUCUGGAUAUCUCCACUCGGUGUGCUGUUCCUGGUCUGCUCAAAGAUUUUGAGCAUGGACAGCAUCACUACAGUCUUCCAUCAGCUGGGAAUGUAUUUCUUCACUGUGCUUCUCGGCCUCUUCUGUCACGGUUUUGUCGUGGUCCCGCUCAUCUACACAAUCGGAACGCGGAAAAUGCCCUUCAGGUUUAUCGCCAACAUGACCCAGGCCAUAGUGACUGCAUUUGGAACAGCCUCCAGUUCCGCCUCACUGCCAGUAUCGAUGUCUUGCCUGGAGGAGAAGAACCAUGUUGACGAGAGGGUAUCCAGGUUCGUGAUGCCUAUAGGAGCCACCAUCAAUAUGGACGGAACCGCACUUUACGAGGCGGUCGCGGCACUCUUUAUAGCCCAAGUGCGCGAGGUCCCUUACAGCUUCGGCAGCAUCAUAGCUGUCAGUAUAACCGCGACAUUCGCCAGUAUUGGAGCAGCCGGUAUACCACAGGCCGGGCUGGUAACGAUGGUCAUGGUGCUGGACACGGUGGGUCUGCCUGCGGAGGAUGUCACCCUCAUCAUCGCCGUCGACUGGUUGCUAGACCGGUUCCGCACCACAAUCAACGUCCUGGGAGACUCCAUGGGGGCUGGUUUGGUCGCCCAUCUCAGCAAAGGCGAGUUGGACGCCAUUGGAGAACCGGAGACAAUCAAGAUGAAGAAGAGAGCAUCGAUGAGUGCGCCAAAUUCCAACACUCCCGAAAUCUCCUGGAACACUACUCCGAUGUAGAUACUGAAUAGUGGCUUGUUCCAUAAUUAAUGUUCAGCUGCAGAGAUGUAGAUGGUUACCGAAAUGUUUCAAGAGAUGAUAUAUACAAAUGGAAUUUUUUGCAGGGUUUAAUAUAUUUUUAUACCAUACUCAUGUAAGAUUAUAAAGACCAGCAAUACUUUAAGAUUAUAAAAUAACUACUUUCAAGUACAAUGACAAAAAACAUUACAAAUUAGAAUCAAUAGUACCUUCCUUAACUAGUCAAUGUAAACAUUGAAUCUGUAGUAAACUAUGUUCGGUAAAGUACAAAAUAUUUGUAAGUUUGUGCAUUUUGUUAUGUUUGUAAAUGCUUUAUAAACAUCAGAGUUUGCUUUUAUUUUAAGGUAGUUCUUUGCAAGUAUGUAAACUAUUUGUUUAUAUCUCACUUUCAACUACGCUAACAGAAAUAUGCCACUUCACCAUUCCAAAUAUUUAGUUUUUCUAGUUAUAUACAAUACCAAACAGUACUUACAAUGCUGACACUAUAAUUUUUUUUUUAAUAUGGAUUGUUGUGGUAUUUUUUUUAAACAAAUCAAUCAUUAAAAUGUAUAGUACAAAAAUUAACGUAGACCAUAUUAAAAUGUUUAACGGUUUUCACUAUUGAAAUGUAAAAUAAUUAAACACAGAGUAAUUGAAACAGAAACAAUAGCAAGACAUGUGUAAAUAGUAAAAACAAUAAGUUUAAUAGUUAUAAUGUGCUGUAUACACAGUAAUUAGAGUUUAUACAAUCAUAGGAUAACCACAAUCUAACAGUGCCAUAAUAUAGUCAAGUCUAGCUGAAUUUUAAUGCUAUAGGUAGAAAUGCUUUAAAGCAAGUAUAGGUUAUAACUGACAUGUACAGUCAUUUGUUAUUAAGUUUCAUCAAAUUCAGUGUAAUGUUUUUAGUUGAAUGUAAUUAUAUUUGUAUGAAUCUAAGGUAGUGUUUUUCUUUGAAUUUGUUAAUGUGGAUGAAAUGUUUUAGAAGUUUAGUAUCAGAAACUCAUUAUUUUACAUGUAAGUGUUCACUUUUAUUAAAUUGUAAUAUUAAAGAAUACAUCAGUCCAAAUGUAUUUUAGAGUACAAAUACUUUCAAACUGUUGUUUUUUAUAAUUUUCAUAAUAUUUUUUUUUAUAAUAUCAACUUAGUUACUUUAUUAGACCAGUCUCCUCGGGUCACAUGCUUUAGGAGCUUAUUCCUAGAUGCUUCUCUGACUUCUCGAUAGAGUCUCAAGUACAACAUGCCGAGAUUACAAUUUAGGAAUAUCAAUGUGUAAGUAUAAAUAUAUUAGGUCAUAAUUGUUAAUUCCUGAAAAACAAAGUUAAAAUCUCCAAAAUAAGAGAUUUUGGCUAUUAAAAUUCUCAAAAAAUUAAACGUAAUAUGAUAUUUAAUUUGUAAUCAAAUGUGUAUCUUAGAUGUAGUUUAUUAAUUGUAUGUAUACAACUCCCCAGAUCUUGUUGCCAUAUAGUAAUUUAUACUAAAAUAAUAAUUGCUUUUCAUAUGUGCCAAGUUGAAAGACUGUUGUUAUUUGGAAAAUACAGUAAUGGUCACCUUUAAAUAACACAAUUUUAAUUAUAUUUUUUAAGUUAUAAUUUUAAUAAAAACAUCUAGUUAUUUAACAGUCAGAGCCCAUCAAAGCAAGAAAGGUGUACUUCAAGUUCAAUAUUUUAUUUUGACUCCUUUGUAUAUUUUAAAUGAGUACGAAGAUAAAUCACACUGUAUUACAACUAACAGAGUUAUUUAAAAACUAAAAUUGAAAAAUAGGUUUUGUAAGUGGUUUGGAUUUUUAUGUGUAAUUUAAAUAAAAUUAUGGCUGUAUAAUUAAAUAGAAAUUUCCUUCAGUUUUAUAGUUUUAUAACAUAUUUUUUGUGACUGAGUAUAACAACAUCCAACAAAAUAAAGUUUAAGUUAGUUAAAAUAAUUUAUAUGAAAGUUUUUGUUAUAAUAUGUACGUUAUACCUAUAAUACAUAGAUAUAAAAUACACUGUUGAAUAAAUGAAUACUGUAUUUUCUAAUUAUAUAUUUGUUAAGUUUAAUAAAUAUUAUUGUAUAAUACAAUUAUAUCUAGCUAUGUACUUUUCUUAGUUAUUUAUGUUAUUGUUAUUAAAACUCUUGAAUAAACGUGUUUUGUUUUAAUAUUUGUACAUUUUUUUAAUAACUGAGUACCACAAAAAGGUGUUAUUAAAACACUACAAAUGUCGUUUUUGGGUUUGGAAAUAUUUGUAUAUUAAAUUUAUAGCCCUUUAAUAUAACUUCUCAGUAUAGGAAAAUUAAAGUUUUGUAUCACUUUUCGUGAAAUCACAGGCAUUUGAGUAUAAAUUUAGCAGGAAAUUCAAGCAUUUUGCAGUCAGGACCAUAUAAAAACAACUAAAAAUAAAAAUGUGAAACUUUUAGAGCACAAGAUUAAAGCUGCAGACAAUUGUGUGUUUUUUGUAUUUACAAAGUAGAAUUAUGCCACACUAUGUGUCGUAACAGGCUUCGUUGAGAUUACAUGCAAUAUUUAAAAUCUAUACUGCUGUCAGAUAGAUAAACGCAAUCGCACAAAAAAAUAGGUUAACGCAAACAUUACGCAUCAUAGAAUUCAUUCAUAUAGAAAUGAAGUUUCAUACAAAAUUUAAAGUCUGCUUAUGAAAUCUUUCUCAAAAUAUUUUUUCACGUGAUAUAUUCAGAUUUGUUUUCAUAAAAUUAGGUUUCAUACCAGUGUUUAUAUUACAACAAUCUGCUCAUCAACUCACUGUAAAAUUAUGUUGGUAGGUAAUGUUGUAUGUAAAGGGAGAAUUAGACUUCAUGUGUUAUUAUAUUACAUGAUUGAAUCUGUUAUGGGAGUAUUGAGUUUCUUUACAAAUUUAUUUAUUCUGCUAUUUUCUCAUUGCCAUCAUAAGACCAAUUUUAAAAUAUUCAUUGACGCUCAGCCUAUCCCAUGUAGUGACAUGUACUAUCAUUGAAACAGUGCUCCUUAUAUACUGUAGAAAUGAAGCUUCAAGCACAAUUUCAAGUCUAUAAUUUAGUUCAUUUUCGAGAUAUUGUGUGGACAGUUAGAUAGACAGACGGAAAUGAAAUUUUUGAUAGUGAUAUGCUACACUAGAGCUCAGGCAAUAAAACAAAAUUGUUAGAAAGAAUAUUUAAAAACACAUAAUUUUCUUCAAUUUUAUUUCAUUAAAAAAUAUAAUUUCAUUAAUUUAUCAAUGAAUAACAAACAUCUUACACCCUGAAGCUAUAAUUCAUAAACAAGUGGUACUCAAAAAAGUAUAACUUAGAUAAAAGUAAUUUGUAUCUUCAGCCAUUUUAAUUUAGAACUAAAACAUUGCCUAAAUUUCCUACUUAAAAAGCCUGUAAAAAUUCACAUGAAGUUUUAAAAACUUUCUACUUUUUCUUUACUUAGUGAGAUUAUCUUAAAGAGCUAUUAAUUUAACAUAAAAAAUGUGUUCUAAACCCAAAAUUGAUUUAACUAUCUUAAUAAAAGCUCUAAUGUCUCAUCACAAUUAAAUUUAGUAAUAAUAAUUAUUUAAUUAUUAAUAUUCUUAUUAAGUCUUUAUGUACGGAUUGCAGAAAUAAACUGGAUGAGCCAUUUCAGUGGAUUUGGAUUUCUUCA